UCAAGCAUGGUUGAGCUGACGGCAAGCGUAGCUACGUAUACGUAUCAUCUAUCUACGCUUAUUACCCGAUAGUGGUACCCUCGCUUGGGAACCCCAAGAUAUGUCUCAGCUGCCUGAUGGCACGCUUGGAGAUGCUGUCGGAGUAUUGAUCUUCACCUUUAUUUGCUUGUUUACCAACAUCCUCUUGUUAUGGCUCUAUUGGAUAAGCCACGAGCGGUUAGGUUAUAUAACACUAGUGGGGUACUUCGCCCUCUUGUGCACAAUCAGUAGCAUCAUUCAGCAGAUAUACAAUUAUACUUUAUGGAAUGAUCUCCUUUGGGCGCAAUUGUACUAUAUAAAGGCGAACUACAAGAAUGCCGACGUCAUCUUCAACAAUGGCAACUUUGGCUUCCAGCGGGUUCUGGCGAUUAUACGCUUAUUUUGCUAUAUCGUGGAAUCAAGCUAUCUUCUAGCCUACUGCAUCCAAGUAACAGCAAAGAUGUUCGACUUUGGGACGAGGAGACGGAAUAAACGGCGUUUUUACGCCGUGGUUGGUAGAGUCGCACCAGUUAUUCUGGCUGCUAUCGCUAUCGGCUUGCUUCAAACUCCUGCCGUUCAAAGUAGUUUUGUUGUGUACAUGGUUGUAGCAAACACACAAUCUGUCUUGAGUAGUGCUAUCAGCAUCAUAUUACUUGCUCUCAUCGUUCGUCAGUAUAUUCAGGCUAAACUUGCCUGGAAACGCGUCGAGGCAAACGAUAGCUGUGGCAUCUGGUCACGGCUCAGAAAUAGCAACAGUAAUACGAGUAAUAGCAGUAACAACAGUUCUGGGUCCAAAGAACCUACUACAAUUGCCCCAGUUUACUCAUCACAGGGAACAAUUUUCGAUGACAACUGGGUGGUCGUCCGGUUGUCGAUUGCAGUAGUUCUCAUUUCAGGCUUUAUUCUAGCAAACGUUAUCACACACUUACCCCAGGCUGAUGACGUAGCACGAGAUGCCAAAGCGAAUGCGCCGGACUUAAGUGCUGAACGAGCCAGAUCGAAUAUCAUCGGUUACAUAUUCGGUGUAACGCCUGGUCUAGCAAUAUGGAUCGUCUUCGGCCUCACUAGAGACUUUCGAAAAAUUAUGUACGAUACCUUCGUACCGCGGAGGUGGCGCAAAAAAGGACCAAUCAUUGCGCCAGAUGUGGGAGCUUCGUGGGAGUCUGCGCGUGGCAGGCGGCAGGCUGAUCUGGCUGGGGUUGCUCUAGAUGGUGGUCUUCAGUUGGAUGACAUGGGCGCUAACUCGAAGAGGCGCGCGGCGCCAGAUGUGAUGGUUGCACCGUUAUUGACCUCGAAGUCAACCCCGAAGUUGACGCCGAGCGACAGAUCGCUUUCCGGGGAUGCACAGAUAUUGUCGAUCGGAUGACGGAAUGGGAUAUGACGUUGAUGAGAAUUUGGUGUUCAAACUUCGGGAUUUCGAAUGACAUGUAAACGGGUCUGGUUUUCAUAGCGAUUGAAAUUACAGUGAUUUCAGUAGUCGA